AUGACACGCAACUGUGUGAAUAAGAUUCCUUUUCUUCAAGUAGCCCUUGUUAGCCUUAAAAAUUUAUUCAUUUUUCCCGCCAAAAAUACCACUUAUAAUAAACUAAAAAAAAUGAUUUCAUUAACAAUUUAA